AUGGACUGUAGGGCUAAAAUUAUUUUGAACAAAAAAAAUGAGCCAUGCUUGAACCAUUUGGGUCAAAGUGGCAACACUGAGUGCAAUUAUUUAGAACAACGACUUUCCGAAAUAAUAAAUGGUUUGAAUCCAAAAUAUUUAGUAAUAUUUUGUCAAAAUUAUUCACAAAAUGAAGAUGUUAAUGAUUUAAUUUAUGAGAUACAUAAAAUGAAUUAUCAAUCAUGUAUUUUUUAUAAUAUUACAAAAUAUUUUCAAUUUAUUGGUACAACAAUUAAAUCAUCAGUUGAAAGUACAAGUAUAAUAUUUUUAAAUCCUGAUGGUUUUGUUGAGCUACUACAUGAAAAUAAUUUAGCACAUCGUCUUAGUUUAUUUGUAUUUUAUUGGGGUGCUAAAAGUCCACCAAGUGCAAAAUAUGCAAGAUUUGAAGAGCCAUUAAGAGUUGUAAUUAUAACAAGGCCACGUGAGAAAGCUUUUCGAGUAUUUUACAAUCAAGCAGUACCAAGUGGUGUAAGUAGCUUACGUUUAGUUAAUUGGUAUGAUGGUGAAAGUUUAGGUUUAAUUAAAACACCACUUUUACCAAGCACAUCUUCGGUUUAUUCCAAAUUUGAUGGACGAAUAUUUAAAAUACCAGUAAUUCAUGCUCCACCAUGGUUUUUCAUUGAUUAUAAAACAAAUUCUAGUCAAAUACCACAUUUUACAUAUCCAUCAGAAGAUAAUAAAUUUUGUGCUAAUAAAGAACCAGAAAUUGUUGAACAAAGUAAUAUAUGUGUUAUAGGUGGACGUGAUCAUAAUUUACUUUUGAAUUUAGCAAGGAAAAUGGAUUUUAAAAUUCAAUAUAUUGAUCCACCUGAAAGAACUCAAGGAUCUCCAAUUUCACCAGAUGAAACAGAUAUAAGUUUUAAUUUUUCAGGUGGCAUUGGAAUGUUACAGAAUAGAUCUGGCGAUAUCUUUUUGGGUGAUAUAAGUCUUAAUUGGGAAAGAGGAAAAGCAGUAGAAUUUUCAUUUUUUACUUUAGCAGAUUCAGUAGCUUUUGCUACUCAUGCACCAAGACGAUUAAAUGAAGCACUUGCUAUAUUAAGACCAUUCAAACUUGAUGUAUGGCCAUAUUUAAUUUUAACAAUUAUUUUUUCAGGACCAAUUUUUUAUUGUAUUAUAAAAAUACCGUACUUAUGGCAAUUCAAUAAGAAACCGAAAAUAUUUAAUAAAAAAUCUUUUAUUCCAAUCUACCCGGAUUAUAUUAAUGAGAUUUCUUAUGGAAGAAGGAAAAUGAAACGAUCAACAAUUAAAGAAAAGAAAAGAAAUUUACCAAAUACCAAUUUAUUUGGUCAUUGUAUUUGGUUUACUUUACAACUUUUCUUAAAACAAUCAUGUUCUGAGCCUCAUAAUUGCCGUCGCGUGAAAUUCUUAACAAUUGUUUAUUGGAUUGCAGCAACAUAUGUUUUAGCUGAUGUUUAUUCAGCUCAAUUAACAUCUCAAUUUGCAAGACCUGCACGUGAACCUCCAAUUAAUACAUUAGAGAAAUUGGAAUAUGCUAUGAAAUUCGGAGGUUAUCAAUUGUUUGUUGAAAAAGAAAGUUCAGCGUUGCAAUUACUUGAGAAUGGAACAGAAUUAUUUCAAAGGCUUUAUAAGUUAAUGAAGGGACAACAGGAUUCGAGAGGUGAUCGAACAGAAUUUUUAGUAGAUUCGGUUGAAAAAGGAAUAGAAAAAAUUGUUGAUGGUUCACAAAAAGUUAUUUUAGGUGGUCGUGAAACAUUGUAUUUUAAUAUGAAAAGAUAUGGAUCAAAAAAAUUUCAAUUAAGUCAGAAAUUAUUUACUCGUUAUUCGGCAGUUGCUGUACAAAAUGGUUGUCCUUAUUUAGAUAGCAUUAAUGAAGUAUUAAUUCAUCUUUUUGAAGGUGGUGUUCUCGAUAAAUUGACUGACAUUGAAUAUGAGGCAAUGUCAAAAUUAUUAUCAAAGAAUCAAAGUUCUGAUCAGAUCAUAAAUGAUGAGAACAAAAAUGAAAAAAAUGAUGAAUCUUCAAUAUCAUCUGAAGGUGAAAAAUCAUUUAAUAUGUUAGAUGAAGAUGAUGUUAUUCAACCAAUAAAUUUAAGAAUGUUACAGGGUGCUUUUAUUGUUCUAAUAAUUGGUCAUAUUUCUGCAGGUAAUUAA